UUUUUUAAUCAGUCACAAAAAAUGGAGAGUUUCAGCUGCAAUUGUUUCGUUUUCAAUUUUAUCCAAUUUCAACACGGUUAACCGUAUGUUUUAAUAUAACUAUUGUUUUUUAAUUAGUCUAUAGUUAAACAAGAAGAAUGCAGUCAUAAAACCGGCGUUCUGUUUCGGUUUGCGAAUUAAAUUUCUGUAAAAAAAAUUAAUGCAAUGAUAACAGUGUUUAUUGUCUUGGGUCACAACGUGUGAACGUCAGGGAAUUAUAAUAAAUUUUGGCGUACAAUGAGCUAAAAUUGGCCAAUUUUCGUUGAGGAAUAUAUACAAUCAGGUGCCAUGCAGAAAAGGGACCGGGAGAAGGAACAAAACGGUAAGGAUGACAAGCGCGGUGGAAAAUCCACUGGAUCGAGGGCAAUGCAUUCAGCAGUUGCCGGACGACAUGGCUUGUCAUCAUCAGCCAACUCUAGUGUACUCAUGGUUGGUCCCAAUUUCCGUGUUGGCAAGAAGAUUGGCUGUGGAAAUUUUGGGGAACUAAGACUUGGAAAAAACUUAUAUACAAACGAACAUGUGGCAAUAAAAAUGGAGCCAAUGAAAUCCAAAGCGCCUCAAUUGCAUUUGGAAUAUCGCUUUUAUAAAUUACUUGGAUCUCAUGCUCCUGCUUUCUUCUCAGAUGGCAUACCAGAAGUAUUUUUUUUUGGUCCAUGUGGCAAGUAUAAUGCUUUAGUCAUGGAACUCCUUGGUCCCAGUCUUGAGGACUUAUUUGAUAUGUGUGGGCGUGAGUUUUCGCUCAAAACUGUUCUCAUGAUUGCCACUCAAUUGUUGCACAGGAUAGAAUAUGUUCACGGUCGACAUCUUAUAUAUAGAGAUGUUAAACCAGAAAACUUUCUCAUUGGCCGCACUUCAACAAAAAAGGAUAAAACUAUUCAUAUUAUAGAUUUUGGUUUAGCUAAAGAAUACAUAGAUUUAGAAACAAAUAAACAUAUACCAUACCGGGAACAUAAAAGUUUAACUGGUACAGCGAGAUAUAUGAGUAUAAACACACAUUUAGGAAAAGAACAAAGUCGGCGAGAUGAUUUAGAAGCUCUUGGGCAUAUGUUUAUGUACUUUUUACGGGGCUCAUUACCAUGGCAAGGCUUAAAAGCUGAUACACUCAAAGAAAGAUAUCAAAAAAUUGGUGAUACAAAACGAGCCACUCCUAUAGAAGUUUUGUGUGAUGGAUAUCCCGAGGAAAUGGCUCAGUAUUUACGUUACGUUAGACGAUUGGAUUUCUUUGAGACACCAGAUUAUGAAUAUUUACGUACACUAUUCAAAAAUUUGUUUGAGAAAAAAGGUUAUGUUAAUGACUCUGAAUUUGAUUGGACGGGCAAAACAAUGUGCACAUUGGUUGGUUCCAUACAGUCCAGUCAAGAAGUUAUUUUAUCACCAAACAGAGAAAGACAAGUUGCAGGCAACAAGUCUGGAACAAAAGGUUGGCAAGAUGGUUCAAAGCUUCCAGGUCAUACAUUAGGAAACUUAACCCCUGCUGAUCGUCAUGGAAGUGUUCAAGUGGUAAGCUCGACUAAUGGUGAAUUGGCAAAUGAUGAUCCAACUGCUGGCCAUUCCAAUACUCCUAUUACAGCACAAGCUGAAACGGAAAUUGUUGAUGACACUAAAUGUUGUUGUUUUUUUAAACGUAAAAAGAAGAAAACUCCUCGUCCUAAGUGACUAACAGUGGUUAAAUGCAGCUCUGAACGAGAAGCUGUCACGCUGUUACGCGCCACCUCGCACUCUAACUCGCGUGACAGUGCCCUAAAUGUUCCCGUUCCGACCAUUACGUGAGAUUGCAUUAUCCAAAACAUUAAAUAUUAUUUUGUAUUUAAUUUUGAAACAUCUCUUUCCUUUUUUUUUUUUUUUUUUUGUAAUUAAAUUAAUAGGUUACAAUAUACUUAUAUCUUUAAAAGAAAAAACAUACUAAAAUAACAUAUAAUAGACUGUUAGCAUUUGGUCACCUGUGCAUUCCGUCAACGAUCAAUUAAAAAAUAUGAUGCCAAGAUGCUUCAAUUGUUGACACUAGUCUUGACACUAGACAGUAAGACAGUAUAAUAUUCAUUUAUUGCUUUUUUAUUUGUAAAAAAUAAUAUAUAAAUGUACAUGAUAAAGAAUUAUCAAGUAAAGUACAUUCAUUCACGUUCUCUUGUUCAAAAGAAAAAAGGACUCAGAAGUAUAGAUUUUAUUUGAUUGGUUUGCUUAUUAAACAAAAAUUUUUAAUUAUUUAUGUCAAAAAAAUAUUAAUACUUAAGUUACCUAAGUAGUAAUUUUUUAUAAUAUAUAAAAAUAAAUGCGCCCUACAUUAGUUCCUGUAAAUAAUUAAAUAAAAUACCGUUUCAAUUAACUUUUAUAUUAAAAACAAAUAUAUGUAAAUCUAUUUAUGUUAAUUUCAAUUAAGUUUUGGUUCAGGAACACAUCAAUCAAUACCUCACUUACUUUUUCCUAUAACUGCCCAUAAAGAGCUUAAGUAUAUUUUUUUUAAUUAAAAUUUUUUUUUCUGAGUUCAAGCACUUGGUUCGUCCAGAUCGUAUAAUAAAAUUAUUAUACUAUUUAUUUAAUUAUUAUUAUUAUUAUUAUUAUUAUUAUAUUAUUAUUAUUUUGUUACUCAGAAUAUAUUUAUGACUUGGGUGAGAUUACUGCUCUGUUAAAAUUCAAUCUAAAUAUGUACUUUCUAUUUUUAUUAUUUUUUUUAAAUUUAAUAUAACCGUUAAUUUUAAAUAUUUUUCAAUUUUAAUUUGAUGUAAUAUUGAAUAUCAUAUUGUUAUUUAUAUCCCAAAUAAAAAUGAUACAAAUUUUUUGGUUGUUUUGUAUUAUUAUUGAAUUAAGUGUAUAAUUUGAAUUAACGAUAACUGUAAAACUUAAUCAUCAAAAUAUAAUUAUGUGAAUGUUAUAUUCUUAUGCUAAUCUCAUCACUUAGCAUUCAGUUUAUUAUUAUUUUUUUAUUUGAGAUAUUUAUUAUUAUUUAAUAAAUUAAGUACACAUUUAAAUUAUGGUUUACUAUCGAACAAUUUUAUUCCAAUAAUAAUUCAUAAACAGCUGAUGAGUAAUUUCAUCCAAGAGUACUAUGAAUAAAUUUUAAAUAUUUCAACCUGGUUUUACUAGUGUGAAAUGUACAGUAACCGAAUGGGUUAAUAGUUAUUUACCGCAUUUUGGAAAAUAAACUGAUUUUUAGAAGUUAAACUUAAAGCUUCAAUUAAUGUAAGCAUAUGCAUUCAAUUAUCUAUGAUUCACAAAAUGUUAAACAAAAUAAUUGCUUGUGAUGUACAAAAUACUUAUGUAAUAUAAAUAUAUUAUAUAACA